AUGCUAUUUCACUACUCUGUCCUGGCCUCCCUGGCGCUGGUAAAUCUCGCCUCUGCUGCCAAUGCUUUUGUCGGCUGUCGCACCGCUCUCAUCAGCCCCAUCGCGGGCUCUGGGCGAAUGGCUGCGAAUCCGACUUUGUGCUCAACCCAAUGUCUUAAUACCUAUGGCCCGAGCUUUCAGCCCCCAACUUUCCUAUACAGUGUCUUUGGAACUGCCUCGGACGGCUGGAACUGCCACUGCUCCGCGGACGUCCAAGAUUACAUGUCGAUUCAAUCCUCGCAAUCGGUGGCCAGUCCGGCGACAUACCAGAACGGCAACUUUGCCGUGACACGUCUCGGCACGUCCUUCACUCUGAGUGGAUGUUACGCCACCGCAUCGGUCGGCUCCAUAGGUCAGGCGUCCGACUGCUUUGCCUUUUGCAGCACGAGCAGAUCCACCAUGAUCGGCAUCAUUCCAAGCGAUGGGCCCAUGUGUUAUUGCGAGUUGACAGCGACCCUAGGGCCCGCCGAGGUGUGCGGCAGAAGCACGGUCUUUGUCUACAGUCGAAGUGUGGCGGCGGCGGCGUCGGGAGUGAUGAGGCGGAGGGAGAAGGUGGCAAAGCGGGCAGCUCAGGAGGAGAUGGCCAAGAGGCUCUGUCCCUUCAAGCGUCUCGCCUGUAUCAUCCCAGGGACUGACUCGUACGAGUGUAUCGACCUAUCCAUAGAGCUAGAGUCAUGCGGUGGCUGUAUCAACGGGACCUUUGGGACUGGCAACACCACAUCGACCGGUACCGAGUGA